AUAUUGCAAGUAGGGUGGAUUGUUCUUAUCACUCUUUUCAUUUUCUGCGCCGUUUAGCCUGUUGUCCAUACCCCAUUUUUGUCCAGCAAUUUUAAAAAGUUUGUCAAAGUAAACGGUGAAAGUAUCUCCGCUCCACUAAAAUGUCUGCAGGCGCCAAUCCCUUUGCACAGUUCGAGAAGUCGUUCAACCAGGCCGGCACCACCUACAAGUACUUCGAUUUGGUCUCCAUCGACAGCAAAUAUGAUCAGCUGCCCUACUCCAUUCGUGUGCUGCUGGAGUCGGCGGUGCGCAACUGCGACAACUUCCACAUUCUCGAGAAGGAUGUGCAGAGCAUCUUGGGCUGGUCCCCGGCCCUCAAGCAGGGCUCCAACGAUGUGGAGGUCUCCUUCAAGCCAGCGCGUGUGAUUCUCCAGGACUUCACUGGUGUCCCCGCUGUUGUGGACUUUGCUGCCAUGCGUGACGCUGUCCUGGAUCUGGGCGGCAAUCCCGAGAAAAUCAAUCCUAUCUGCCCUGCCGACUUGGUUAUCGAUCAUUCGGUGCAGGUGGACUUUGCCCGUGUUCCCGACGCCCUCAGCAAGAACCAGACCCUGGAGUUUGAGCGCAACAAGGAGCGCUUCACCUUCUUGAAGUGGGGUGCCAAGGCCUUCAACAACAUGCUGAUAGUGCCACCCGGCUCCGGCAUUGUCCAUCAAGUGAACUUGGAGUACUUGGCCCGCGUUGUGUUCGAGAACGAUGCUACCGAUGGCUCAAAGAUCCUCUAUCCCGACAGCGUGGUCGGCACCGACUCCCACACCACCAUGAUCAAUGGUCUGGGCGUGCUCGGCUGGGGUGUGGGCGGCAUUGAGGCGGAGGCCGUGAUGCUGGGACAGUCCAUCUCCAUGCUGCUGCCCGAAGUCAUUGGCUACAAGCUGGUGGGCAAACUGAGCCCCCUAGUCACCUCCACCGACUUGGUACUGACCAUCACCAAGCAUCUGCGUCAGCUGGGUGUUGUGGGCAAAUUCGUGGAGUUCUACGGCCCCGGCGUGGCCGAGCUGAGCAUUGCCGAUCGUGCGACCAUCAGCAACAUGUGUCCCGAGUAUGGCGCCACCGUUGGCUACUUCCCCAUCGAUGAGAAUACCCUGGGCUACAUGAAGCAGACAAAUCGUUCGGAGAAGAAGAUCGACAUUAUUCGGGAGUAUCUGAAGGCCACGCAGCAGUUGCGCGACUACGCUGAUGCGGCCCAAGAUCCCAAGUUCACUCAGAGCAUCACAUUGGAUCUUGCGACUGUGGUUACAUCUGUGUCGGGUCCCAAGCGUCCGCAUGAUCGCGUUUCUGUCUCCGACAUGCCGGAGGACUUCAAGUCGUGCCUGUCCAGCCCAGUUGGCUUCAAGGGCUUUGCCAUUGCACCAGAGGCCCGGGCUGCCUUUGGCGAGUUCCAGUGGGAUGAUGGCAAGACCUACAAGCUGCAGCAUGGCUCCGUGGUCAUUGCAGCCAUUACAUCGUGCACGAACACCUCGAAUCCCUCGGUGAUGCUGGGAGCGGGAAUGUUGGCCAAGAAAGCCGUGGAGAAGGGCCUCACCAUCUUGCCCUACGUCAAGACAUCGCUCUCGCCCGGUUCUGGCGUCGUCACCUAUUACCUGAAGGAGUCGGGCGUCAUUCCGUAUUUGGAGAAGCUCGGCUUUGACAUUGUCGGCUAUGGCUGCAUGACCUGCAUUGGCAACUCGGGACCGCUGGACGAGAAUGUCGUCAACACCAUCGAGAAGAACGGCCUCGUCUGCGCUGGCGUCCUGUCGGGCAACCGCAACUUCGAGGGUCGCAUUCAUCCCAACACCAGGGCCAACUACCUGGCCAGUCCUCUGCUGGUCAUCGCCUACGCCAUUGCUGGCCGUGUGGACAUUGACUUUGAGAAGGAGCCGCUGGGCGUGGAUGCCAAUGGCAAGAAUGUUUUCCUGCGCGACAUCUGGCCAACGCGAAACGAAAUUCAGGAGGUUGAGAACAAGCACGUCAUUCCAGCCAUGUUCCAGGAGGUUUACAGCAAGAUUGAGCUGGGAUCCGAGGACUGGCAGACCCUGCAAGUUUCCGAUGGCAAAUUGUUCUCGUGGAGCAACGACUCCACCUACAUCAAGCGGCCACCCUUCUUCGAGGGCAUGACCCGCGAUCUGCCCAAGCAGCAGAGCAUCCAGAAGGCACGCUGCCUGCUCUUCCUGGGCGACUCUGUGACCACGGAUCACAUCUCGCCUGCUGGCUCCAUUGCCAGGAACUCGCCGGCCGCUCGAUUCCUCUCCGAUCGCAGCAUCACACCCCGUGACUUCAACUCGUAUGGCUCGCGGCGUGGCAACGAUGCCAUCAUGUCACGCGGCACCUUCGCCAACAUUCGCCUGGUCAACAAGCUGGUGACCAAGACCGGUCCACGCACCGUGCACAUCCCCAGCCAGGAGGAGCUGGACAUCUUCGAUGCCGCCGAGCGUUACCGCGAGGAGGGCACUCCUUUGGUGCUGGUCGUGGGCAAGGACUAUGGCAGUGGCAGCUCUCGCGACUGGGCCGCCAAGGGUCCGUUCCUGCUGGGCGUAAAGGCUGUCAUUGCAGAGUCAUACGAGCGCAUCCAUCGCUCCAACUUGGUGGGCAUGGGCAUCAUUCCACUGCAGUUCUUGCCUGGCCAAAGCGCUGAGACUCUCAACUUGAAUGGCCGCGAGCUCUACAACAUUUCUCUGCCCGAGAGCGGCUUGAAGCCUGGCCAGAAGGUUCAAGUGGAGGCUGACGGCACUGUGUUUGAGGCAAUUCUGCGCUUCGACACCGAGGUGGACAUCACAUAUUACAGAAACGGCGGCAUCCUUAACUACAUGAUCCGCAAGAUGCUCUCCUAAGUAGAGCGCUCUUCAGUUUUGUUUAUUUUCUUUAUGCAUAUGUAUAUUCCUUCUGCAUUUUUACGCUGUAAUCUGUAGUAGUCCCCUAAGUCUAUCAAUUGUGGUGGUCCCUGCCUGGUCAAAAUAAUCAAAAUAAUAAAUUAAGCCUACACUUGGUAUCCAA